AAUCGCAUGAGGCAAAGCAAAAUCUGGUGAUGGGCCUCUUAUCACAAAAUUGUUCGGCUCCUACAGCAAGCAAGCAAGGACUACCAAUUAUCAGAUUUUAUUACGUUCUUAUAAAGGGUACGUGGGCACUGACUAUCUAAUAUAUAACAGACGAGAGUCGGAGAGACCAAGCUUUGUCAAUAAGAUCUAUUCAAAAAACGCUCCGAGCUCCUCAGCCGCGAUGCUCGAGUGGAUCUUUCAUACGGGAGGGUUACUACCACCUAGAGGAGGCUCGGUCCCCGUCAACCAUGCGCUCACAAGCUUCAAUCACGUCCGCUUACCGCCUUCGGCCCUUCUCGGGUAUCUCGACAAGUCCAACAAAAUACAUCGUGACUUUACGUCGUCUAUAUGGCGCGUUGCGGUUGGGUCGCUAGCGCUUGGCUCAAUUGCAAUACCUAAUCUUCAGGUGGCAUCGUACAUCGCCGCGCGUUACUUUCAGCGUCGUCAUGUCAUCAGCGUGUAUGGACAUCCUUUGCCAAUAAUUUCAUACCGGACGCAACAGCUCCCCUUACUACAUGCCAUCGCUCAGGCAUUCGUUCUAAGAACGCUUUACAAAUGGGCCAUCGAACGGUUCAUGGACAAGAAUCUUGAUGUUCGUGUGCGGCAUGGCAUCGCGGCUUGCUGUAAAGCAGUCAUGCUUCAGCAUGCACAAGUUGGAAAUUACGCACCGUCUGAAAGGCUUGGGGCCCAAGGUCUCUUCGAAUAUAAUCGGCUGUCCAACCACCCAUCAUAUCGGACAAGUGCUGGGAGGAAUUUAGGAAGACGUUGCAUGUCUAUAGCUUCACUCAGGCUGAUGUACCAGCGGCGCGACUUUAGUUUUGGAGCGAGCUCGAAUUUGAAGUUCUGGGUCCCUACGACCUUCCAUAAAAUAUGAUGGAUCUUUGGCGACGGUUGCUCAUAACGUUACUCA